AUGUCAGAGGAUCUGCAUUUGAAGACAACAGAAAUUAAUUUGCCGAAGUUCUUGAAAACCUCACUUAAAGACCAAAUUAUAUUGAACGUGAAAAUACCGCCUUUGUCCAAUAGCCACUUGAUAAGAACAUACAAGAUUAUGGCCCGCGCCCAAAAUACUCACGCGAUAGUCAACGCUGGGUUCAAUUUCCAUGUAGAUAAAAAUCAAAAAAUUCUCACUUCAAACAUAGUCUAUGGUUCCAUAAGUCCCACGUACAACCAUGCCAGAAAUGUUGAGAAUAUACUAAAAGGGCAACCGCUGUUCAGUGAUGAAACUCUGCGGAUGGCGUUAGUGAAGUUACAGGAAGACAUCGUCCCACUUGAUGAUCCGUCAGAACCAUCGCCGUUCUGCAAGAAGGCUAUCGCUUUGGGAUUGUUUUAUAAGGCAAUUCUCUCGUUAAGUCCGUCAGUGAAUCCUAGAUAUGCAUCCGGAGGCAGUGAGUUAGUCAGACCCCUUUCGAGCGGCAUCCAAUCCUACGAAACAGACAAGAGCCUGUGGCCACUCAACCAGCCUGUACCGAAAUUGGAAGCUCUAUCUCAGUGUUCAGGUGAAGCGUUAUACAGUUGCGAUAAUGUUUCCGGCCCUCGAGACGUGCACGUAGCGUUCGUCCUCUCCACGAUCUGUCUCGGUGAAAUUGUCCAAUUCGAUACCACUGAAGUAUUGAAAAUUCCAGGCGUCGUAGCAUUUUUAUCCGCCAAAGAUAUACCAGGGACGAACUCCUUUAUCCCCAAAGACGAACAAUUCGAAGAGGAAAUUUUGGCCAGUAAAAAGAUAUCCUACUACGGUCAACCGAUUGGUUUAAUCGCAGCCAUCUCUAGAAAACUGGCUAUCAAGGCAGCCGGCUUGGUAAAAGUGUCGUAUAAAAAAUAUGAUACUAAGCCCGUAUUGAGCAUAACAGAAGCAUUAAAUGCUCCCGAUAAGCAAAACCGAAUUCGCGAGGAUGUGACAAUUAAAGCAACAGAUAAAGGCAACGAAACUACUCACACUAUUAAAGGUCAUUAUUACAUCCCAGACCAGUACCACUUUACUAUGGAGACUCAGAGCUGCAGGGCGGAACUCACGCGUCGCGGGAUACGAGUAUGGUCGGCUACGCAGUGGAUGGACUUAGUGCAGAUCGCAGUGGCCAGGUCACUGGACUUACCGUUGAACAGCGUGGACGUGUCGGCGGGGCGCGUGGGCGGCGCGUACGGCGGCAAGGCGUCGCGCUCCGCGCUGCCGGCGUGCGCCGCCGCGCUGGCCGCGCACGCGCUCGGCCGCGGCGCCAGUCUCGUCAUGCCGCUGACGGACAACAUGCACGCCGUCGGCAAGCGACAGGCGGCUCGAUUCGAGUACGAGUUGGGUGUGAACAACGACGGGGUUAUUCAGCACGCAGACAUCGUCUACUACUCGGACUGCGGUUAUUCGUACAACGACUCGUCGGGCUCAGAGAUAGCAUCUACUAUGGCCAAUCUGUAUGACACUUCCAGGUGGAAUAUCAAAGGGUACAGCGUUCUCACUGAUAAAGCUGGUAACACUUGGUGCAGAGCUCCAGCAACUACUGAAGGGACAGCUAUUGCGGAACAUUUAAUGGAACGAAUAUCGCACAUAACAAAGAAAGACCCAAUCGAUAUACGAAAAAUUAACAUCGCACCCAAACACAACAAAGUAAAAGACAUGAUAGAUACAUUCAAAAUGGACACCAAUUACAACGAUCGAAGAGCCGAAAUCGAAAAAUAUAAUGCCACCAACGCUUGGAAGAAAAAAGGCUUACAACUAACGAUAAUGAGUUAUCCUAUUGUGUAUUAUGGAAAUUUUUCAGUAACGAUUUCUGUGUAUCACGCCGAUGGGACAAUUUUGAUGUCCCAUGGAGGAAUCGAAAUGGGCCAGGGCAUAAAUACAAAGGCGGCCCAAGUUUGCGCGUACACUUUAAAAGUUCCAUUAAGCAUGGUGACGGUCAGGGGUUCGGAUAACUUCGUGUCUCCGAACAGCAUGGCGAGCAGCGGCAGCAUCACAAGUGAAGCUGUAGCAUUUGCCACUGUUAAAGCUUGUAAUGAAUUGUUGAAGAGGUUGGAGACUGUCAAGGAAGAGCUUGACGAGCCGACUUGGCAAGAGGUUGUUAAAGCUGCGUACGAUAAAGGAAUAAAUCUACAAGUUAACGCUAUGACGUCGCAGCUGGACAAUCUGGUAGGAUACCCGGUAUAUGGAGUUUGUUCCGCGGAAGUUCACUUAGACGUACUCAGCGGAACCCAUAUUAUUAACAGAGUGGAUCUCUUGGAAGACACAGGCCGUAGUCUCAACCCUGAUCUUGACGUGGGCCAAAUUGAAGGCGCGUUUGUAAUGGGUCUAGGGCUUUGGACAACAGAACAUUUGAUCUAUGAUGCUUCAGGUCAGCUGUUGACCAAUCGAACAUGGACGUAUAAGCCGCCUGGUGCGUGUGAUAUUCCAGUCGAUUUUCGAAUUUCAUUUAGCAGGAACUCGAUAAACAAUAAUGGGGUUUUAGGGUCAAAAGCUACCGGCGAACCAGCAUUCGUUCUGGCAGUGGUUGUGGUGCACGCGUUACAUGAGGCUAUCGUUGAGGCUCGGAAGGAAUAUGGUUAUAACGAUACAGAGUGGGUACAUGUUGAUACACCAUAUUGCGUAGAGAAUAUUAUUAGAGGAAUUUCUCCAAAUAUAAAGAGCUAUAAGUUAAAAUAAUAAAAUAUUUAUUAUGUAAUCACUAAUAUUGUUAACGAAUGAACAAUUGUCAUACUUAUACGAUACUUAGACGAUAAUUUAAAAAACCAUCAUGU